AUGUCGACCCCCUCCCUUGGCCUCAAAGCCGCCAGACAUCCAUUUGCUGACGCCGAUGCCGAUAUCGUCCUCCGUUCCUCUGACAAUGUCGAUUUCCACGUUCACAGAUUAAUCUUGUCGAAGGCAUCCCCUGUCUUCUCCGACAUCUUGACCAUCCCAUCCUCGGCAUCUGAUCCUGACGCUAGUGACCAGCCACCCAACGUUGACGAGCUCAAGGAUGGUAUCCCGAUAGUGCGCAUGGCGGAAAAUCAGGCAGUGCUUGACACUAUUUUGCGUUUGUCGUACCCGACAGAUAAACCGUCGAUUUCUUCUGACCUCUCAUUCGUGCGCGCACUGGUUCGAGCGAUGGAUAAGUACGCCAUGAUCAUGACCUUCCCACAGACACUCGAAUCGGUCAUGUUGGAGGCUGCUGCGGUGCAACCUUUCGCCGUUUAUGCCAUUGCAUGCCAGUAUCGGAUGUUCGAGAUUGCGAAUCGCAUCGCGCGUAUUUCACUUCUGCAUCCCUUGGAUUUCUCCUCUAGUCAACUGAUCACGGAGGACUAUGAUCUCAUGACAUCUUCCCAAUACCACCAGCUCCUGCGAUAUCGUCAUCAAAGCGCUGCUGCGGUUCUUGAACCCAUUCAGUCCCUGAAACGGCUACAACCACUGGACAUACCUGGCAUAAAACCUCAGCCGUCGUGUACUUGCUCUGUACUCUCGAGGUUCAACGAAGCCAUUAGAUAUCCUCCUGCCUAUGCGCUCCGUCGGGUUUCACUAUAUCUAGAAAGAUGUGAAGCCACUCUUCGAUCACGGCCCCACUCAGACACCGUCCUUGACGAUAGCAUCAUCUUGCCCUCAAUUCUGGAUGCGCCUCGAUGCUCGGCUUGUCAAUCGUCCACGAAUGAACUACGUCUCUUCAGCCGUAACCUGGAGAAAAAGUUUCGGUCGGCUCUCGAGACGGUGCAGCCACCCUUUCCAGCGGCCGUGCCAUAG